AUAAUACCAGGUGUGAAAUGGGGAACCUGGAACUGUGUGCUCUACACCACCAUCGCAAGAAACGGUCGCCUCCGGCGAUGACAAGAUCCAUCGGCCGCUUCAUCACAUUUUGCUGCAUCAUGAUUGCUGUGGUCCUUCCAAUGCAGUCGACUAGACGAAGGUUGUUUUCCAACGCCUUGCUAUCAGGAUCCAACGCAUUUACCAGGAAACCCAGUCACUCGACAAUUUCCAAAUAUCUCCUUUCGAUCCCGUCGUCACACGAACGGUUUCCUCUGUCUCGUUCGAUUCAUUUUUCGGUAACAGAUAUCGGUCGCCGGCGUUCCUAUACAACUCAAGAACAGGACGUACAUUCUACAACUUCGCUGUCAGCUGCAAAGACCAACUUCAAUACCUUUUCUCUGGUAGUCCAAGGGCCCCCCACCUUUUCCUUUCCCAAAAAGAAUAAAAAGUCGCAACGGCCAUUCAAGUUAGUCGUUGUUGAAUCGCCUUCCAAGUGCCAAACGAUCUCGAAAAUCCUUCAAAAGUAUGUCAAAGACAACGAUCUAGCGUACGAUUUUGUGCUCACGUCGUCGAUGGGACACAUUCGAAACAUCCCCCAAAAGAAAUCUUUCAAGGGUCAAAAGAUUGCGGGCAUCGAUCUGGAGAACAAUUAUAGUCCAACCUACGAAGUUAUUGAAGGGAAGGAAGACAUGCUUUCGAAACUUCAGGAGCUAAGCGCUGCGGCCCAGCAACUGAUCCUAGCCACCGAUGACGACCGCGAAGGAGAGGCAAUGGCCUGGCAUUUACUUCAGGUCUUAGAAGGAGAGGGCAAUCCCUUUAUCAACACAAGUGACGCCAAAGGCAAAGUAGCAGAGGACAAACAGCAUCCUCUCAGGGUCCGAUUUACAGAAAUUACCAAAAAGGCGAUCGUCGAAGCUAUCGAAAACCCGGAGACAUCCCUUCGCGAUAAUCUAGUCGAGGCGCAACAGGCUCGACGCAUUCUCGAUCGGUUGGCUGGAUUUACCGUGUCUCCCGUUUUGUGGAAAAAAAUUGUAAGUUCGUUCGAUGAGAGGGAAAGCUGAGCUCAACUUAUUUGAAAGUACAUCAGAAAAACGAAAUUGGAGCAGGAUCUUAUUUUCUCGUCUGCCUUCAUUUUUGUUCUGAAAUCAAACAUUUGUCUCGAAUUAGGCUCCCGGGUUGUCCGCUGGAAGAGUGCAAUCGGUAGGCAUGGCGAUGACGGUACAGCGUGAAAGAGAGCGCCUGACGUUUCAAAGGACAGAAUAUUGGGGCGUCAAGGCUAAUUUCAGUGCCUUUGACGAUGAUGAUGCUGGUCAGUUGUUUGAAACAAAUUUGAUCUCAAUAAAUGGACAAGUACUAGCAUCAGGGACCUCAGAUUUUGACCCCAAACAAUCCGAUCAGCUUACACCAUCCGCUAAAAAUAAGCUACACCUGACGGAACAAUCAGCAGCUGAGUUCACCAAUCUUAUUCAGACAAAAGGAGACCAAUGGUCUUGGAAGAUCGACAAAAUCACCUCCAAAGAACGCAAACAAAAAGCACCAGUGCCAUUUAUUACGUCGAGCUUACAACAAGAAGCCAACCGUCGAUUGGGGUUGUCAGUAAGUGGAAGCAUGCGGUCGGCGCAGCAACUCUAUGAAAAAGGUUUUAUUAGUUACAUGCGAACAGAUUCGACCCACCUCUCGGAAGAUGCCCAAAAUGCUAUCCGAGAGGAAAUAAUAAAGGACCUUGGAGGUCCUGAUAAUUACGUUGCCGCUACUGAAAACAGCGGGAAAAUCUCGUCAAAAUCAUCCAAAAAUAAAAAGCCUGAUCCACAAGCKGCCCACGAAGCUAUUCGACCUGCAGUGGGAGAAAAUGGGCGGUUUUUGAAACCGGAACUUCUACCGUUGGAUUUUGAUAAAGCAGCAGUGGAAGUUUAUAGGUUGAUUUAUCAAAGAACGGUUGCCUCUCACAUGACACCCCAAAUUUCGAACCAAACGUCGAUUUCGAUCACGGGGUUAUCCGGUGACGAAGAUGAGACUGAGGUUCUCUUUCGUACAAGUGGAAGCGUAGUAGUUGACCCAGGUUACACGAGGGUUUAUCCUCGCCAGGCAGACUCAAAAGCUCCAAUUUUACCUCCCUUUGAGGAAGGACAAAGUCUCUCUUGUGACAGCGUUAGAGGUUUAUCUCAUACGACACAACCGCCAGCGAGAUAUACGGAGGCUUCAUUCAUACAAGAGUUAGAAGCACAGGGUGUUGGUCGUCCAAGUACGUAUGCUGGUACUGUAAAAAGUCUUAGAGAUCGAUGCUAUAUUGGGUCUCCAAUAAAUAGUGACGCGAAUCGCAGAGGUGGAGUUAAAGAGGUCUCUGGACCCGCUAUCAGUGCACAGAGGGCUGCAGGAGGUGAAGAUUUUACCGGGUCUAAAAACGGACGAGGGCCAUUGGUCCCUUCAUUGAGUGCAUUUGUUGUAACUUCGUUGCUAGAGAAACAUUGCGAGAUGUAUGUCGAUCCAACUUUUACGGCGAAAAUGGAAGAAAGACUGGACAGGAUUGCAAAUUCUGAAGUUGAAGUCAGCGAAAAUGAGCGUGUGUCAUACCUGAGUGAAUUCUAUGAAGGAGAAGAAGGACUUGCCAGCAAAAUUGAAUACAUUGAUAACAACGUUGAUGCAGACAUCGCACGACGUGCUGACUUACCUGCCUUGGCCUGGAAUUCUACUCAGAACUCAGAAGACAUCGGCCUUUUUAUUGGUCCAUGGGGUCCAUAUGUUAUGAAAACUUCUGCAUCAAAGGCUGAUGACGACGAGGAAAAAGUGGUCAAGGCAAGUUUACCCCCAGGAAUGGCGUCCGAUAUUUCAACCAUAACAUUGGAAGGCCUUGAUGCCGUAUUGAAAACCAAAGAGCAAGAUGGCUUGAUCUUAGGUCAACAUCCAGAGGAUGGUAGAAAUAUUCGUUUAAAAGUAGGCCCAUAUGGGGGCUAUCUUCAGUGGGGAGAAGAUGGUGAUGACGAGAAAAGUACACAUACACUUCCCCGUGAAUAUCGAAGUUUCAAAAAGCCAGACCUUGAAGAUAUGGAUGGAGAAAGUGGAGAUACUCUAGCUGAUAUGAUUGGACUCAGCUUGGAGAAAGCAAUUCAGUAUGUCAAUUUACCAAGAACAGUUUGUUUGAUGAACGAUUUGCCUAUCGUUGCAUCAAUCGGCCCUUAUGGACCAUACUUGAAGUACAACAACACAUUCAUGCAAUUAAAACCAAAAGAUGGUGAUGUAAUUACUAUCGAUGGAGACUUAGCACAAGUGCUAGUAACUGACGGAAUAAUCAACAAGAAAUCCAAAUUUGGUGCAGGAGUUCUCGCUGAAAUUGGAGAGAAAGAUGAAGCAAUGAUAACUGUAAAGCGAGGCCGUUUCGGUGCAUACAUCAAUUGGAAUCAAGUUAAUGCUAAAUUACCGUCUGAAUACAUUGACGAUCCGUCGGAGCUAUCGCUCGAGGAGGCAUGGACGCUCAUUCAACAGAAAGCUGCAUCAAGUCCCGGAAAGAGGACAAAGAAGAAAACAACCGACAUCGAAAUUCCACCGGGGCCGAAGAGACCCCCGUCUUCCUAUUUUCUUUUUACUGCAGAAAAGCGCCCGGAAGUGUCGGCUGCAUUUUCUUCAUUGGGUGAGGUCUCUAAGGAAUUGGGUAGGCUAUGGAGUUCUCUUUCCGACGAUGAGAAAAAACCUUAUGUCGAGAAGGCAGCGAUUGCAAAAGCAGCAUAUGACGUAGAAAAGGCACAGUGGCAAAAAGAAACAAAGCAACUGAGGAGGUCGAAAAAAGGUAACACCGCAGCUAGGGGCUCGUCGAUGAAUGGUCCAAAACGCCCGCGUUCGGCGUACAUAUUCUUCUGCAAAAAGAACCGAGAUGAGGUAUCAAAGGACUUUAAGAAACUGGGAGAUAUUUCAAAAGAGCUUGGUAGGCGUUGGAAUGAUAUUGAUGCUGCUGCGAAGGCUGAAUAUGUAAAAAUGGCCGAGGACGACAAACACCGCUAUACUAUGGAAAUGGAAGAAGGAGUUGGAUCCUCGGGAACGAAGACGAAAGGCGUGUCAAAAACGAAGAAAAGGAAAGUGAAGGUCACGAAGAAAACGAGCAAAACAGGGAAACAAAAACGGUCUCCAUCCGCAUACAUGUUAUUUUGUGCCUCGCAUCGAAGUCAAAUUGUUGACGAAAAUGGUCAAAAACUAAAGCUUCCCGAAACAACCAAGAUUCUGGCACAGAUGUGGAGGGAGUGCGACGACGAAACAAGAGCACGAUUUGUGCAAGAGGCCGAGAACCAAAAAGCGGUGCUACAUUAGAAACUAGUUUAGGCCACAAGAAGCAUUGUUCUUUAGAUCCUCGCCUCUCUGCUUGUCAUAGAGUUCUGCAGUCUGUAACAAGAAAAUCUGGCUUGAGGGACAAGCAGGGGGGUCCAAAUUUUAAAAAUCUAUCAAAGUUUCUUAGUCUCUCAGUAAUACAAAAUGUAGAAUAGU